CGUGACCUCCGUCUUUGGUUUCUAUAUAAGGCAAUCAAUAUUUAUCUAAGAUUCAUCAAGAAAGAAAUCCAAUCGAAAAUUAUGUCUGCUGCAUCGAAACUGAUUGCUACAAUGGCUUUUAUAGCAAGUAUGAUGUUCGUUAACACCCUUGCUUCAACUCCGUCCCCUGUUGUGUGCAGGCCGAGCUGUACUUGCACCGUGCCAAUUAUUCAUCCCAACGAUUAUUUCAAAUCACUUCUAAGCUCGUCCAAGUAUCAUGUCAAAUGCAUCUGCCCAGAAAACGGACUGAUACCAGACGAGUUUCUGAAUGUUCCUUAUCUUGAGGUAGAGUUUGAAGGCCAAGCUGUUCUGGACAGUGGAUCUUUCAGCGUGAAUAAUUUCAGCGACCUGUACAUUUUGACAAUCUCUGGGGUUCAGUAUAUCAAGCCAGGUGGUUUCAGAGCAGUGGCCAGUACACAAUAUAUCUUUUUUAGAAACAUGUCUCUUGACGUUUUUGAGAAGAGUGUUUUCAUGUAUCUGAAGCGACUUGGAGAGAUCCGUGCUGAUAAUAAUCACAUUAGUGUUCUGAAGGAUGGAUGCUUUGAAGGUCUUACCAAGACCCGUAACCUCAAUUUAUCAUAUAAUUUUAUAUCGAGUGUAUCCAGGGAUAACUUCCGUGGACUGACAAUGUUACAGACACUCGAUCUUUCAUGGAACAACAUCGUUCGACUCGAACCAAAAACUUUCGAACUGAUGCCAGAACUUAAAGCACUGGAGCUUUCUUCAAAUGCUAUCGUACGAAUCGACCGAGGGACCUUUCUGAAUUUGAAUCAUCUGGGAACACUCAAUCUUGAUGGGAAUCAAAUCAACGUUCUUCCAGAGCCACGUGUCUCGGAAUCAGUUUACGUAAUCAUACCCCACAAUCCUCUUCAAUGCGAUUGUCGCAUGAACUGGGUAAACUCUUGGAUUAAGACCGUGGGUCCACAAAUCUCUGGUAGUUGCGAAUAUCCGGAGACGCUCAAACGGAUCACCCUAUUCGAAGCCUACAAAGAACCGAUGCCACAAUGCAAAGGCAAUAACUCUAAGAUACAUGUAAGUACAGGAAGUAUGGCCAUACUGACCUGUCCAUUUGUUUAUGCCUCCUGGGUUGUUCCUGAUAUGCCUAAUGCUACUCUCCAGGACUCAGGGCAGAGCGACAACCAUUAUUUCCUGACCAAUCGUGAUUCACUCAAGGUAUGGAACGCCCAAAAGCACGAAGAAGGCGUUUACACAUGCACCACAGAAGAUGGAGAAGAAUCAAUGGUCUACGAUCUUGUUAUUUACUCCAAACCAAAUAUUUUGUUGAUAUUUUUUAUUAUGAUAUUGUGCUUUUUAUUAUCUUGUUACAUUUUGUACCUUCACGGUUGCUUUAAUAAAUGUCAAAUGAAUGGAUACAGGGACAUUAACGACCAGAAUGAGAACAUAAGAUACGUUAAUAACCCAAUCGUGCCACCACACUCUUAUAUAUGUUGGGUAAUCGGUCCACACAACACAACAUUUUACAUCAUGCCUUCGUAG